AUGUCGACAAUUACACAUAGCCUACGGCAGCUAAGAUGUCAAGGCCAGCUUUUCCGAGCACCAUGGCCUCAGCCCGCCUUGCAUAGAGCGACUUUUCCCCUCGGUGUACGAAGCAUCACCAGUGAAACAUCUUCAACGAUCGUCGAACCCAAGCCCGAUCCUUUCGCCGUGAUAGAUUCGAAUUCGAAGAUUUCUCUGCCAUUCCAGGAUGUCCAGCAUGCGAGAGCCGUUCCCAUCUCGGCUUCCUACUUCUCUCGGGAACCUCAAUUCAAUGAGAUGUACCUCCGAAUUGCUCGUCUUCUCACCAAAUACCACACUCUUCCAACACUACCACCAAGCGCUGCUCCUCCGACAGCUUGGGUGAAGCUCGACGAAAUGCGAUCGAAACUUGGUGAGCCAAUUAAGGCCUCCCACUACGCUAAGGUCAUUCGAGUUGCCAAGCGGCUGAACCUGAUUGAGACCUCACUCUUCCCUGAGGAAGUCCGGGUUGCUCUCGAGGAUUUCAAGCGAGACAUCAACCCUUUCAUGAACGUACCUCACGAGGUGACAGUCGACAAGUUUGGACGAGCUAUCGGUGUCGGCAAGCGAAAGGAAUCUACUGCUCGGGCUUGGGUUGUGGAGGGUACAGGAGAGGUGCUGAUCAAUGGCAAGACCCUCAGCCAAGCUUUCGGUCGCGUUCAUGAUCGUGAGAGUGCGGUCUGGGCUCUUCAGGCCACUGAGAGAUUAGACAAGUACAAUGUCUGGGCAUUGGUGGAAGGUGGUGGAACAACCGGUCAGGCCGAGGCUCUUACGUUGGCGGUUGCCAAAGCUCUGAUCGUUCACGAGCCAGCGCUCAAGACCGCUCUUCGAAAAGCUGGGUGUAUCACCAGAGAUCCAAGAACAGUGGAGAGGAAGAAGCACGGCCAUGUCAAGGCACGCAAGAUGCCCGCCUGGGUCAAGCGAUAA